CGGUCUCAAAGUCUCGGGUUUUGCUUGCUUUAUCGCGCUAACAUUUCACAUUGUUGUUGUUGUUUUUGUUAAUCAUGAGAGAAAUCGUUCAUAUACAAGCGGGCCAGUGUGGAAACCAAAUUGGGGCUAAAUUCUGGGAGGUGAUAUCGGACGAGCAUGGAAUUGACCCCACAGGAGCGUAUCAUGGCGAGAGCGAUCUCCAACUCGAGCGGAUUGACGUGUACUUUAACAACGCAGCAGGAGGAAAGUAUGUGCCGCGCGCUGUUCUCGUGGAUCUGGAGCCCGGAACAAUGGACUCCAUCAGAAUGGGGCCUUACGGGACUGUAUUCCGGCCUGAUAACUUCGUGUUUGGGCAGAGUGGAGCGGGGAACAACUGGGCUAAGGGCCAUUACACGGAGGGAGCUGAGCUGGUGGACAGUAUAAUGGACGUUAUCAGGAAGGAGAGUGAGGGAUGCGACUGUCUCCAGGGUUUCCAACUCACUCACUCUCUGGGAGGUGGUACUGGGUCAGGCAUGGGAACACUGUUGAUCAGUAAGAUAAAGGAGGAGUACCCUGACCGGAUCAUGUGUUCCUUUAGUGUUGUCCCCUCUCCAAAAGUCUCUGACACUGUCGUGGAACCUUACAAUGCCACUCUCUCAGUACAUCAGCUGGUUGAAAACACGGAUGAGACGUUUUGUAUUGAUAACGAGGCGUUGUACGACAUUUGCUUCAGGACCCUGAAACUGACGACCCCCACCUACGGAGAUCUCAACCAUCUCGUCUCCGCCACCAUGUCUGGUGUCACCACCUGCCUCAGGUUCCCUGGACAGCUCAACGCUGAUCUCAGGAAACUAGCUGUUAAUAUGGUUCCCUUCCCUCGCCUUCAUUUCUUCAUCACCGGAUUCGCCCCUCUCAGUGCACGAGGAGAUAUCCCCUACAGGAAUCUAAGUGUCCCAAUGUUAACCCAGCAAGUGUUUUCCUCUCGCAACAUGAUGGCAGCUUCUGAUCCCACUUUUGGGAGGUACCUGACCUGCGCUACCAUCUUCAGGGGGCGAAUGAGCAUGAAGGAGGUAGAUGAACAGAUGUUACAAGUGCAAGCAAAGAACUCAGCUUACUUUGUGGAGUGGAUCCCAAACAACGUGAAGACGGCCGUGUGCGACAUCCCUCCCAGGGGUCUGAAGAUGUCAGCCACUUUUAUCGGGAACAACACCUCAAUACAAGAGCUCUUCUCAAGGAUAGGAGACCAGUUCGGGGCCAUGUUCAGGAGGAAGGCUUUCUUGCAUUGGUACACCGGAGAGGGGAUGGACGAGAUGGAGUUUACUGAGGCGCACAGUAACAUGAUGGAUCUGAUCAACGAGUAUCAGCAGUAUCAGAAUGCAGGUGUUUACGAGGAGGGUGAGGAUGAGGACGAGUACACAGAGGAGUAUCAACAGUGAGAUACAACUCUGGGGACGGUAACACGACUUUUGUCCGACAGCGACUCUUGUCCAUACUUCCAUAAAACAUAAUUUCGGAUUCGGACAAGAGUCGCCAAAUCUUCUGGGGCACUCUGAGUGGAGUUAAUAUGAGACUUUGUGAGAAUAACACCUAGUAACACCUAGUAACACUUAGUAACACCCUUGCUUUGUGACAAUUAUUAGAUCUGCAGCAUUUGGUGGAAUGAACAAGUAUUGUUAACAAAUUUUGUAAUGAUUUCUUAUGAAUGAGAUAGUGGAUUGUGUUGAGUUAUAUAUUUGAGCAAGCUAUUUUAAUUAACGCCUAGGACAGUGGCGUAACGUUAUAGGAUCGGAUCUCAGCAAACUUACAUUUAAAGCUGAUUUUCUGAAACCUCUUUUAUACAUUUUUCAGAUGAAAAAUAUUCGAAUCAUUUCUCAAUGACGGCUCCAUAACAUAAAGCUACUGAUCUUAUUCAUAACAAGAUCUAACUCGAUUGGAUACCUGCGCAGUUUAACUUUAAUCCGAGUUAUAAGCACAAAUUGUAUUAAGCCUGACUACCUGCAGUUACAUGUAACAAUAUAUUGUGCACCACUUAGUGA